CUCGUAUGCCGUCAUGAUCGCGUUCUCUGGCUCGCGAACAUGACCAGCGCAGGCGAACGUCAGCAUUAUGCCAUUGCACUCCUUGACAAGUUCUUCCGCCACGUGCCGGCAACAUUCCGUGCGGGUGUGUUAUACGACAUAGGCUGUCAGUUGCAUCGAAGCUGUUAUAAGUGGGACCUCCUACCAGAUUACUGCGACCGCAUAGUGUUCGCGAUCUCGGUGUUCCACGCGUUUGGCCACCAAUGGCCAUGUCAAAUCAUAUACCACCCGCGAAAGUGUGCGUGUUUUGGCCUUUCAGAUGGAGAAGGAUGCGAGCGCCUCUGGAGCGCACUGGACCACCUCGUGGCCGGGCUGCGUGUUAGCGGUGUAAGUGAUUAUCCACCUGAACAAAGAAGAGAUCACUGA